AUGUCAAGCUAUGCUGGGAAAACCGUUGCUCAAUUAAAAGAAUUAUUGAAGGAAAGAAACCUAUCCAUUAUUGGGAUUAAAAACGAUCUAAUUAAAAGACUUGAAGCAGAUGAUAAAUCAUCCCAGCAAGAAGCUGAAAACCAGUAUGAGACCGUAGAGCCCUCAAUUGAACCCAAUAAUGUCCAAUCUAACAACAAUCCAGAAGAUUCUACUGAUAGCAAUAAGCCUACACAAGAAAAUGAUGAACAACAACAACAACAACAACAACAACAACAACAACAACAAACACAAGCUAUACCAAACUCACACCCUGCAAAUGACUCUACAUUGACUAAAAAAACACUCACUCCCGAUGAAUUAAAAACUGCAGCUAUUGAACUACUCCAAAAGAAAAUCUCAAGAGCUAAAAAAUUCGGGGAUAAAGUUGGAUUAGAAAAUGCUGAAAGGGAUUUAAUAAGAGUCCAAAAAUUUGGUGUUCAACCUGGUACAUCAUUAGCAAGAGAAUUGACUUCCACCACUGAAGAAUUGAGACCCAGAAAGAACUUUAAAAGGUCUUCAAGUAGUAUUAACAAAAACUACCAUAACCGUAAAAGACCCUCACAUCCUAGAAGAUUUAAUAGCAAUCACAGCGAUAACAGUAGAAGAUUUAGAGAAAGAAGAUAG